AUGUACUCACAGAGACCCUUGGCGUAUGCUCCCUCUCCGUACAGCUAUACGCCCAACCUGGCCUUGUCCGCGACUAUUAAUUUGGACGAAGAAGUCAAGCUUGCCUCUACACCAGCGGAGAGAGACCUUUAUGAGUCACUUGCCGAAAUAUACAGCAUUAUAGUAACAUUGGACGGACUCGAGAAGGCGUAUAUCAAGGAUGCUGUUGCGGAAUCUGAGUACACAGAAACAUGCGCUAGACUUCUAAAACAGUAUCGGUCGAGCCUAAGCGAUGAGAGUGUUGCUAAAGAGUUUGUGGAUCUGGAUACCUUUAAGCGAAGAUGGGGUUUGGAAUGUGCCAAAGCUACCGAACGCCUUCGCAUCGGGCUUCCAGCUACUGUCGAGCAGCCCUCACAUAAUCCUGUGCAAGCCGCCGCGACAGGCUCCGCUUCAGGAAGUCUUAUACUUGCCGCUACGGAGAAUUUCAUUACGUUUUUGGACGCGUUGAAGCUUAAUAUGGUCUCUAAAGACGCGUUACACCCUCUUCUAUCUGAGGUUAUCCAGUCCGUCAACAGGGUGACCGACGAGGAUUUCGAGAAUAGAGGGAAAAUCAUCCAGUGGCUUAUCACACUCAACCAGAUGAGGGCGACCCAGGAAUUAGCUGAAGAUCAAGUUCGGGAGCUUGCAUUCGACAUUGAACAAGCCUACCAGGGAUUUAAAAAGACGUUAAAUUGA